UGACUAUUCCAACUAGCAACCUGAUAUCUCAGCUGAGGAAAGGUUGCUUUUUAAUAACCAGCCUUUCUACUCUGAGAGUAAUGUUAACAUAAUCCUAGCCAAGUCUGGAUUCAUCAAGCAGUGCUCAUUGCCUGUCAGUGUCUUUUUAAUCUAUUGAGUACAGUCGUGUGAAGGACAGACAUUUCCAACACUGGAGUAAAUGUCACAAGAUGCAGCGGCUCAUUUGUGUUUAAGUAAAUUAUCCACUAACCACAGGAAAGUGUCAGAAUUACACCCAUGUACUACCGCGCAGUGUCACUUACAUCAACUUAAACGAGCUGCAACUAUGAAACUUGAUGAAACCUACAAUGAAGAAUACAUUUUACAUUGAACUCCUUAAGUAGGAUAUCACAUGAGCUGUGGGUCUGGGCAAAAUCCCAAGUACUGGCUUCACUGAGGCCAGUCCCUGCAUUGAACUCCCUGUGGUCAAAUGAACUUAUCAUUGCAAAAAAAGGGGUCUUGGCCUCCGUAGUAAGCCAGAACUACUGAAAGUUUUGGAAAGAAGAAGAUGUCAGCAGGAAAACAAAGAAUUACAAGGGCAUGAGAAAACACCACUGGAACAAGAGCUUCAGAAACGACUGCAAAGAAAAGAACAGGAACCUCUCUGUGUAUUUUAAGAGGAAUGACAGCCCUGCUGCUUUUGUGAAGGAAAACUAUGGACACCAAGGAGCUGGAGCAUUUCAGGCGAGUUAUUCAGAAUGAAUUGGAUCGUGCUGUGGAUUUCUGGCUAAAAUACUCCCAUGAUGACCAAUAUGGUGGCUUCUUUACAUGCCUAGGAAGAGAUGGAACAGUCUUUGAUGACCUCAAAUAUGUCUGGCUUCAAGGGCGACAGGUAUGGAUGUAUUGCCGCUUGUAUCGGAAGCUGACCAGGUUCCAUAGACCAGAAUUACUUGAAGCUGCUAAAAAAGGUGGGGAAUUCCUACUCCAGAAUGCCAAAGUUUCCCCAUCCUCCAAAAAAUGUGCAUUUGUCCUGACACGGAAUGGACAGGCAGUGAAAGUCCAGCGCACAAUCUUCAGCGAGUGCUUCUACACUAUGGCAAUGGAUGAGUUAUGGAGAGUCACAGGAGACCCACAAUACCAGAAAGAAGCUGUAGAGAUGAUGGACCAAAUCAUUUACUGGGUACGUGAGGAUGCCUCUGGUCUUGGCCGUCCAGAGAUGCCUGGUGCACCACCUGUCAACACAAUGGCUGUCCCCAUGAUGCUCCUCUGCUUGGUGGAACAACUGCAGGAAGGAAAUUCAGAAAUGGCUGCCAAGUACGCUGAACUAGAAGAGUGGUGUGUUGCACAGACAUUGCAGCAUCUACAGAGAGAUGGAAAAGUUGUUCUUGAGACUGUGUCUGUGGAUGGCAAAGAACUCCCUGGAUGUCAGGGUCGGCAUCAGAACCCAGGCCAUGCCAUUGAGGCUGGCUGGUUCCUUCUCCAGCAAGCCAUUAGGAAACAGAACCCAGAGCUCAAAAAGACAGCAAUUGAGAAGUUCAUGCUUCUUCCUUUCAAAUCAGGCUGGGAUGAGAAGAAUGGCGGCCUCUUCUACUUCCUGGAUGCAGAUGGGCAUUGCCCCACUCAGCUUGAGUGGAACAUGAAGCUGUGGUGGCCCCAUAGUGAAGCACUGAUCGCUUUCCUUAUGGCUUACCAUGAAACCAAGGACCCCAAGCUGCUGGAUCACUUCCGAACAACAUUCGACUACACAUUUUCCCAUUUCACUGAUGCAGAGCAUGGAGAGUGGUACGGGUACCUUAACCAGCAGGGGGAAGUAGCUCUCACCUUUAAAGGAGGUCCAUUUAAAGGCUGUUUCCAUGUACCCCGCUGCCUCUACAUGUGUGAGAAGCUACUCGAUAGCCUUUUGGAAGAAUUUCAGGGCUGCUGAUGUUGGCUUAAGAAGACAGAUGGUGAAUAGUGUGACAGCUGAAAUACUUGAACAACAAAGUUAGCAGUUUUAUCAAAAUACAGUCUUGGACUAUGGAAUUACUGUGUGCGCUCAAACUGCACACUCACUACUGUACAUCACUGGAGAGAAAGUUAAAUAAUGCUUUGCUCUUGUUUUCGUAUUACCAUUUAUUGCUACUUUCUCAAAUGUUUCUUUCCUUGCAUUUGUUAGGUUGCUACUGCAUAAACCAUGUGAACAACAUGAUUUGUUAGUUUUAUUGUGGUAAUCUGGCGCACAGGUAAAUGUGACAUUGCAGUAACAACACUGGUAUGAAAUGCCAAGCUUUCCUUGAGAGUCUGCUUUUAUCUAUGGUCAGUCAUGUAUUCUGUGAUGUCUUAUGUAUUGCUCAUCUCCAUGGUAUUGUUUCAGCAUUUUCUUUCAGCAGUAUCUCCUCCUUCCCGAAGGACACAAGUUCAGCACUUAAGCUGUGAUAUAUUUGCUUUCUAGUGCUUUUCCCCAUGAAUGGCAUCUCAUAACAGGUAGUGAUGUUAAGUUUGUUACCUAAUCAGUCCAGUACUGAAAUAAGACCUCAUUGUCAGGCUUGAAUUUUGAAGGGCUUGGACUUCAUCCUUGACUCCACCUGACUGUAUUUUCAUGUUUUUCCCCAGCUAAAUAUCUGUAAACAUCUGUGCAGACUUGUGGAUUAUUGCACAUUACAGUGCAUGAAAUGCGCGAGAUGUUUAACACUCGCGAUACUGCCUUUUCAAGUAGCUAUUUUGAGCUGCUUUACUACUAAAACCCACUAGAUGGCAGGAAAGUAGUGCAAGCAGUAGCCAUCCUUCCUGACUUGAGAUGCCUGAAAUGUUACAGUCCCAAACAUCACUGGUUACUGCCGAGAUGAUUCUUUAGAUGAGGGAAGGGUAACUGGCAUUAGGCACUUCUGAUAACUGUACAGAAAGCUUAGUGUUGGUCAUUUUAUGAAACAUCAUAGUUACGUGAUACAUUUUACAAAGUCUCCCUGUUGGAACUACAGAACACUACAAUUUUCUAAUGCUGUAUAAGGAUCCAGUUUUACAGUCUAGUGAUUCACCUCUAAAACUCAGUUCGUGGAGGUGGCUUGGAAUGAUCACUAGUUUAAAAUGUCUUUGUAAAAAGCAGCAUGGAAGCUGAGCUGAUAGCUACACAGAAAUACAGAGAAUAUUCAAAUAAGGUGAGUAGGCAGAUGUUUUCAAUAUUCCCAACAUUUGAGAAGUUUUAUCAUCAUCAGUGGAAAAUAAAGGAAUUUGUGCAUCGUUCACAUUACUGGAACAGUCAAAAUACCCCCAUUGAGCACUUUGUAUUCUGUACGGUAUCACUCGAGAAAAAGACAGCAAAGGGGGGAGAAGUAAUAUGCAACCAUCUGCCUUCCACUGCGGAAAUGCAGUGUGCCUUAUUAAAUGUCCAUCUAGCUCACGUUUUAUUUAAUUGGGUAAGUAAAGUGGCCUUUCCCAGUCCCUUUUCUUCCAUGAGCUGGGCCACAAGUGCAGUGUACAUGGGCAGUUUAGAGUGGGCAGUCAUCUAGAUUGAAUCAGACAUGACAUAUUCCUGAGCAUUUCUUGUAUACUGGCCUUCUGUACCUUUACUCAUUGUGAGUUUUGUAACGGCUACCAUGUAUUUAUAAUUCGCUAUAGUUUGGUAGGGAAGUCCUAUUUGACUAGUUUAUCCAUUACUUGGAUGGUGAUUUGACAUGCUUUUAACAUUAUCAGCUGUAUCUGUUGACUCCAAACCUCUGCACUUGAUUUUACUCCAGAAGCAUACAAUUGUAUGCAUUCAUGAUGCACUUUACAUUUGGUGUAGAUUUUUUCCCAAAAAAUGGAAAUUAAAUUUGUUCAUGUGA